CCGCUGCUACGGAGCAAUCAGGACGGAAGUACCUCUAACCCCGCUCGUCGUCGGGUCCAGACCCGGGAGUACUUGUCCUCGAAGCAGAAUCACUACUUGAUCAUGGGCCUCGUGGCUCUAGAUGUUGCCGGUAUUCUCGCCGACAUAUUCGUCACCUUGAUUGCAUGUGAUACGGGGCAGCGAAACGAGGACUGGGUGAACAUGACCCACUAUGGCUUCCAGGUUGCAGGUCUCGUCUUCAGCUCCUUGUUCCUCGUUGAACUCGCACUCUCCGUCUGGGCCUUUGGUCUCCAGUACUUCGCCUCUUGGUUCCACUGCUUUGACGGCUUCGUCAUCCUCUUGAGCUUCGUCAUCGACCUUUUGGUCCACGGCAUUGUCGAGGAGAUCGCGUCGCUGGUUAUCGUCUUGCGGUUGUGGCGCUUGGUUAAGAUCGUGGAAGAGCUCAGUGUUGGGGCCUCGGAGCGGAUGGAAGAGAUCGAGGCUAAAGUCGAACAUCUGGAGCGCGACAACGCGCAACUCAGGAACCAGCUCCGGGCC